ACCAUAACACGCACCAGGGCCUCAAGCUCGUCAACGGGGCCAGCUAUACGGCUUUGGAAGUCAUCGUCGACAAGACAUUUCCCGGAUACCGGGUCUCGGCCAAUACGAUACUCCACUUUGGGCCCCCGGUGGGGAUCCUGCUCACGGCGGAAACGACUAGGGACUUCCACUUCGUCGGCAUGCCGCCCGGGACAAUACUGCUGACGCCGAUGAGCAUAAAGAUAGAAUGCCAGCGGAAACGUCCGUGGCAGCGGCAUGACGUCACCCGGAAAGGCCUGCCGUGCACUCCAGCGUUUGCAUGCACCAACUACAAAGUCCAAGGGAGAACGCUGAGGCGGGUGGCGUUGGGACUGCGCGGAACCAGGACGACGAAUAUCGAUGGUAAGAUGGUGCCAAGCCAGUGCGACCCAUACAGUCUAUACGUGCAGCUGUCGCGCUGCCCGUCGCUCGACGGCAUCAUGCUAGUAUCGAAGGCGCGUGAGAGGGACCUCGUCGGGAACAAAAUCCCUGCUGACAUAGCAGCUGCGGAGGCUCGGCUCGAACUGCUAAGCCGGGAGACUGUAGAGAAAGCCCAGAGCUGGCUGGAUGGGUAGAGGGCAUACCUAUGUUUUAUGAUAAUAAGAGAAGCACACCACAAGUUGAUUUGAAGAGAAUGAAAGGACGAGGCUAAGCCCAAACUGUUCCCUCCCAAGAUCCAAUAGAGCAGCCACAUACAUGUA